GCAAAAACAAAAAGAAGAACAGAGUUAACAUCCAAAGCUACCCAAUUCUCCAGAAGUGAAGUUUUCUACUCUUUCGUUAUCUUCAAUGUCUUAGCAUUCAGCUUUAACCGAUGGGACACGUUAAUCUACUCCAUGGCACAGUCUCUCUAAACAAAUUAAGUUUCCAUGAAUUCCCCAAGUUGUUUAAGCAACGAACUUGCUCUUAUACUAGAAAAUUUCCGAAAUUUCAUAAGCAUUAUGCUGCUUCACUGGCUUUGCAAGUGGGUGAGAAGUUAGCAAGUCAUGUUGAGAGCACACUUAAGCAUAAGAUUUAUGUUAGUAAGGGAGAAGAGUUGAAUGGUAUUCCUCAUAUACAAACUCUUGGAGAAUUUCCUAGGGAGGAGCUUAUUGGAAAAGUUGUCAUGGUCAGAUUUGAUUCUAACAUAUUACUCAAGCCAGAGAGUGACCAGAAGAUUCAAUCAGAUUUUAAUGCAAGGUUUACUAUUAAAUAUUUAUAUGAUGCGGGAGCAAAGGUAAUCUUGGUCAGUGAUUGGGACAUGAAUAAUUCAGAGUUUCUUUGUCAAGCUUCAGUUGCAGAUUUUUUGACAGAAAUUCUUCAACUACAAGUUGUUCCACUGCAAGGCAUUUCUUGUAAUAAACCAUCAAAGAUUACAGACCUGAAGAAAGAGAAUGUUUAUUUGCUUGAGAAUCUUUCUGAUUUUAAAGAGGAAGUUGCCAAUUCUUUGGAGUUUGCUACAGAAUUAUCAUCAGGAGUUGAUAUCUUUGUCAAUGACUCCUUCUCCCAGUCUCAUAAAGUUCUAGCAUCAACUGUUGGUAUUACUCGUUUCUGUUAUGCCUGUAUAGCUGGUUUUCACUUUGAGGAGAGGCUUUCUAUACUGAAGAAUAUUGCAGAAGCUAGUAGGAAACCAUAUUUUGCAAUUAUUGGAGGCGGAAACUUCUAUGAUAAAGCAGCUUCCUUUGAAUUUCUAGCUUCCAGAUGCCAGGGGUUUGUCUUUGUCGGAAUGAUGGCAUUUCAAGUAAUGCAUGCAUUAGGAGUAUCAGUUCCUCAGAACUUGGUGGAUCAUAAGUCAUUUAAUAAAGCCUUGGAUAUAGUUAGACUUGCUCAGGAUAAAAAUAUAGAGAUUCUGUAUCCAAAAGAUUUUUGGUGUAGGAAUAAAUGUGAUCCUAAGCAAUUGCAAGUAUUUCCAUCUCACGGCAUUUUGGAUGUUUGGGUGCCUGUUGACCUUGGACCUGCAUCAUUGGAUGAAGUAUGUUCCUCUCUUGCAAAUUGCAAGAAAAUUCUUUGGAUUGGUCCAGUGAAAUUUGUUGAUUCCAAUAAGUGCACAAAUCAGGCCUCUAAAUUGGUGGAAGUUCUUGUACAAUUGAGCCAAAGCAACUGUAACAUAACCAUUGUUGGGAACACGGCUUGUCAACUGGUGAGCCAGGAAAGAAGUCCGAUGUCCUCUACAAGUAUGAUUGAGAAUGCCUCAGUUGUAUGGGAAUUUCUCAAAGGAAGAAAGCUCCCUGGUGUUAUGGCUCUAGACAGAGCCUAUCCAUCUGAAAUCAACUGGAAGGAUGUUUAUUCUGACCCUGCUCAGCCUCUGGUUGUUGAUAUAGGAAGUGGUAAUGGACUUUUUCUUCUCGAAAUGGCUAGGAGGAGGCAAGAUUUAAACUUCCUUGGUUUGGAGAUUAAUGAAAAGCUUGUUUUGCGCUGUUUGGACUCUGUUCUUCAACUUGGCAUAAAGAAUGGGCACUUUAUUGCUACUAAUGCAACAUCAACAUUCCGUUCAAUUGUUUCUACUUACCCGGGAGAGUUAGUUCUUGUCUCAAUACAGUGUCCAAAUCCUGAUUUCAAUAAACCUGAGCAUAGGUGGAGGAUGCUGCAGAGAUCUUUAAUUGAAGCAGUGGUGGAUCUUCUAGCACCUGACGGGAAGGUCUUUUUGCAAUCUGAUGUCAAAGCUGUAGCAAUGAGAAUGAAAGAACAAUUUUUGAGACAUGGCAAGGGUAAGCUUGAUUUGAUGCAUAGUCAAAGCAAUGGCCAAAGUGAGUGGCUUGAAGAAAACCCGUUUGGGGUUAGAUCAGAUUGGGAAAGACAUGUUUUGGAGCGCAGGGACCCAAUGUACCGAAUGAUGUUCUCUAAAUCACAUGAUAUUAAUGAAAUUUCAGCUGCAAAUGAUAUGUAAGGUGGAAACUUACAUGCAGUUGUCUUCAUGUGAAGUUAAUAGUUAAAAACCGUUAAUCAUCUAACGAUUCUUAGCUAUCAACUUCACGUGAAGACACUGUACGUGAGUCUCCACCACGAUGUAAUUUGGAAAGUUGGCUAAUCCAUCAACCCUCCAAAGGAUUGCCGUCGCAGGGUAGUGGUGCUGAUGGUUGAAUGUACAACAUGAUCUGUAUUUUGUGGCAUGGAACAGUUUAUUCAUCAUCCAACUGGCACUGAAAUGUUAAAUGUCACUAUAAGUUGGGGAACGCAGUGCAGGAUUGUUGGCGUUGACCACAUUGAAACAUUUUCUUAAACAUGGAAAUAUUCAUUAAAGGAUUCACACCAUGUUGCAAAAUGUGCAUAUGAUUCCUUAAAUCUGAGAUAUCUCCUUCAAGGUUGAAUGAAGUAGGUAACCAAUGAAAUCAAAGGUGUGGAUCAGGAAAAUGUCCAAAUUUUGCAUCAUGCAUUCUAUUUGUAAUCAACGUAUAACUGGAAAUCAAAAUUGUUAUGGAUCUGUUGCAUUUCUUAUCUAAUUACUCUCACACUAUAAGAUUCAAUAUGCUCUCUGUUCUCAA